AUGAAAUAAGAUAGACAUUUUUCAAGAUCCCGAAGAAGCACCUCUCCAUAACUCAAAAAUAAAAAGGCACUAAAAAACAAACAAAAGAAAAACCAUAACUUACAAUCUUCAUCUUCCAAAACCAAAUCAAUAUCACAAGAAAUUUAACCUGGCUUACCUGAAGAAAGGAAUAUCCUCAAUUUGAUUUAGGAACUGGAAACCUAAGAUUAGAAAGGGAUCGAAAAUCAGAAACUUAUUCACUUAUGUCUUUAGGAUACCUAAAAUCCAAUUAUAAACGAAAACCAAGAACUUUCAGAGAUCUAGAGAUAAUCACAAUAUAACUAAAAUUAUCACUAAGAAUGUCAACAAUCAAUGAGAAAUGAAUACGUCUUCCUUGGGAAUAGUCUUUCAAAACACAUGAUCUCUGAGAGACAGAGAGUCAAGAUGGUUAAUUGGAUGGUCGAAGUCUUAAGUAAUUAUAAUGAAACUACAUCCGAUAUUACUUUCUUCAGAUCUGUUUCCAUAAUGGAUCACUACCUCUAAAAAUCUAUUUUCAAAUUUUCUGAUAGUAAUCUUCAUCUUAUUGGCAUCACUUCCAUGUUUAUUGCUACGAAACUUGAAGAUAUUUAUCAUAUCCCUUUGAAAGAUUUUGUAACCAGAGUUAGUCAUAAUUAAUAUUCCUUUUUCGCAAUCAAAGCGAUGGAACAAUCAAUCUUGGAAACCUUAAAUUUUGAGGUCACAUUCCCAACCUCAUUGGACUUUUUGCAAAAUAUCUUUUACUAAUGUUUUAGUUUGAAUGACAAUCCUAAUUUACAAGAUAUUUUAGAUUCUAGUAUCUAUAUAUUGAAAAUGUGUUUAUAUGAUUACACUAUGACAUCCUUCAAUUUAUAUACUCUCGCAGCUUCCUCCCUUAUAUUUUCCAUAAAAGACUUUGUCAACAAAAAUUAUCUAAAUGAUCGAAAUAUCGUCAUCGAUCAAUUUGUAAUCAUUUAUACUAUCAAUUUAGUACAAUAAAAUUAUGUAAAUCUCUUAAAUCGAUUAAACAGAGCUUAAUUCAUGUGA